ACUUUUACAUUUGCAAAUGGCGGCUGUCAUUCAAGCCUCAUGGCGGUUUUUCGCAUGAUUUUGAAAACGCACGUCACUCCAUUUUAAAUUGCAAAUCUGGAUGAACAUACUGCGAUGAUAGCCGCUGGCGAACCGCUCGAAUUUGUUCCAUUCGGGUCGGAAUACAUCACCCAUCACCCGGGAAGUUUGAAGAAACCCGAAAGACGUAACACGAAGGCCCACUCACCCGAACCUCCCAGUACCGACUUGUCUGAAGCACUGAGCAGUGUAUCACUUCAGGGAAGCAAGGCUGCUCACAGUGAACUCUGGAAGCUCCGGGAAUGUAGUGAAGGUGAUGGCGAAGAAGAACUGUAUGUUUCUGGUGACUGUGUCGUCUGGAGUCGAUCUGACGGCAGUGGUGCGCGAACGGCUAUACGAACAUUCUGCCUCGAAUGUAAGGUACAGGAUGCAGUGUGGUGCACAUACCUCUUGGACGAUUACAAGACGAGACUCCUCGUUGAGCAAAAAUCAACAUUGCCUGCGAGAACGGUGCCGUGUAUUUGUAUACUUGACACUUCGCGAAUCGUCCAUUCAUUCUCGCGCACAGGCGAAGAUUACACAACAGCGAUGCCAUUUCUCGUUUCGAAAAUGUGGGAAAUUGAACACGGCCUUCUGUUCGAACGGAGCGUCCCUGUCAACUCGUGCCAGCUUAGAUCGCCCGAAAUCUCCGUACUGUUCAGCUUACUUCACCCGUUAGACGAUGUUGCACCUGUCAUCACCCGGGUCAACGUGCACGGCGACAUCCCCAAGUUUAGCUAUCUCUACGACACUGAAAGGUCGGAAGUCGUUUCGACUUGUGUUUGUCCCUCCAUGCUUGUGAUGUACCAUCGCGAGAUAGGGACACACAGCGUGUGGCAAGUACGCCGAACGACGCAGGAGGAAGAUAAGGUGGCCACCAAUAUGCAGGGCACAGAGCGUCAUACGGGGCUCUCGACAAUGUUUCAUAGCAUGAUGAGCUCCCCGGCCCACUCUCCACUUCCUCACAGUACUCCAGUGAUGUCGCAAAGGAAUCAUGCUGGCAACUUUGUGUCGUCUAGCCCGAUCGCACGUGCGCAGAGCCCUUCUUUCACUCACAUGGCAACACUGAGCCGGUCGCAGUCCCCCUUGCAAAACAGCACGGCCCAUCAACACUGCAACUACAACAGCCCAAUGGGCUCCCAUUGGACACCGCUGUCAGUGUGGGAAAGUACAACGCAAAAGAGUUAUGCGUGCGGCUGUACGGAGCCCCUUGUGCCAGAUAUCUGCCUCGAAAGACUGUGGGUCGAGCCGAAAGAGAGAGCGUCGCACGAAAAAGCCAGCAAGACAUUCUUUACACAAGAUUUUCUGGGUCGCAGGUUCCUUUGCUACCUCCUUCCACACAAGGGCGUGCUGAACUUGGUUAGUUAUGAAGAAGUUGCAUCAUCACCGGGAAAAACUGCAACUUUUGGCCAAUUAUGCUCGAUCGCAGCAGUAGACGCGGUGUGCCUGAAACCCCUGCACAUGAUACUUAUACUGGACUCAAACUUGGGACUUACGCUAUAUACAGGCAGCGCUAAAGUCUGCAAAGUUCAUGUUCCGACGUCACUGACCAAUGUGGGUCUGCGCUCGUACCUCCACUCAAGCGUGCAUGUGGGUGUGAGCAGCUGUACUCCCAAGAAGGACAGCGCUCUAGCCUUUGUCAGUGCUACACAGUUUGGAGGCUUUGAGAGCAUCGGCGUAUCACCCGUUCCCAAAGCGUCAUUCUUGAGUCGUGACCUCACUUUCGAAGACGCGACGGCGCUGAGUCCCAUAUCCCUUCGAAAUUCUGUAGCGAACCGUGUGUCGGUUGAGCUACCAUCCGGAACGACGUUUCGCUUGACGUUACCGCAAAUGUCCAAGAGCACCGUGGUAUCGCGCUGUCUCGAAGCAUUCAAGAAGGUCUUACCGGCAGACCUCGCAAUGUUACUUCACGGAAAGUGGUACAUGUCCCGAAAUGCACCGGGCCCGACGGAUAUGACAGCAUCCUCUGAGCUGCGCUCGUUCCUGGUCUUCAUGUUGAGCAUGACUGGGUAUGCAGCGGAAAACUUGACUAUGAAAAAAAGCAAGCUACAUCAGAGCCACGGUGAUGUGGCAUCUCCUAUAGCUCCAAAAAAGUGUAAGGCCAGUGAUAAAGGCUCAGUGGAUGACUGGACAUACCUUCUAACAUGCCAAGCAACUGCAUCGUCACCCAGCAACAUGCCAAGGCCUCUGCCUCAAGCUUAUGGGUCACAUGACCAACCUGAAGCUCUGCACUUUGAGCUUGGAUGCUUUAGGAACAGUUCAGCGCCUCUAUUUCCUCAUAUCCACGGUGUAUUGUUCUGUGUUCAUCUUAUUUACGAAGAUUCAAAGCUGAACGUCCUCCUGUGGGAUCUACUUCCUAUACUUGCGGAGUUCCUCUACAAGAUAUCAAGCGACUUAUCGCUAUCUGGUUAUCUAGACUUCUACAGACGAGACUUUCCAGAGCAGUUCAGCAGCCUCCAGGGAUUGGAAUCCAUGCACCAGGAUGUUGUCGAGUUGCCAAAACAUCCACAAUAUUUUCUGCCUGUGCCCCCAUCAGUGCUUGGAUGGAUCCAAGAAUGUCUCAAGAACUGUGGCCCCACCACUUCAUUUCCAUAUAUCCCGGGGGUUACAGAGUUAAUCAGGAAGCUGGUUUUAAUAUUUGCAGUACUGACAUCUCCUGUGCAGAAAGAUCUCUCUUCAAGCCCUCUCUUAAGUGAAAUACCGGAAAAUUUUGCUUCAAACGACACAGAUGAGAUCAUGGACAACCUUCCAAAGACGUCAGUAAGCCUGAAAACUGUCAUGCUUCUCACCAGGCUAGGUGUCACAACAAAGGACCUUGGCACCUGGCCGUCUGGAGCCGUCGCAAUUAUUCAGGACGUCAUAUCUCAGUGUCAGGAGCAUCCUCCCCCUGAAUGGACGGCUGCUGCGUAUGAGCUGAUUGGCCGACAAGACUUGGUGAUCCUUUCCAAAGGAACCUCCUCCACUAAAAAAGUUUCGCUCCUUGCACUUCAAGAGGGGCCAAGCAAGCACAACAAAGAGACGGAUGAUGGAUUUGACAAACUCGAGUACGAGGUGCUGAGGCUUCGUUUCAGCAAAGAUCAACGCAUCAGCGAAGUUUGUAAGAUGCUGCAGUCUUCUGUGCCCGUCAACAUAUCCAUACAGCAGCGACCGGAUGUUAGUGACCACGAGUUCAUAGAGGAGCAAGAACGUCAUCUCUACACACUCUCCAUCAGAACAAUGGCACUUCCACUUGGUAGAGGAAUGUUCACGUUGCGGACGUACACGCCCAUCAUUACGGAAACCUUACCAGUACCAAAACUGUGCCUUACGGGUAGGGUGCCGUCACGAAACACAACUGUGGACAUGUUGCACAUAGACGUCCCACCAAAUAUGAACAUGUGGCCCCUGUUUCAUAAUGGAGCUUCCGCUGGUCUCAGAAUCGCAAAAAAUGCAACUGCUAUUGAUUCAAGUUGGGUUGUUUUCAACAAGCCUCGUGCAGCGAAUAACAUAGACGCCACUAUUGAGCACGCAGGGUUUCUUCUUGGUUUAGGUCUGAAUGGACAUUUGGCAAAGCUCGACACGAUGGCUAUACACGACUAUCUCCUCAAAAAUCAUGAACUGACCAGCGUAGGCCUACUACUCGGUCUUGCAGCAUCGAGGAAGGGUAGUAUGGACUUGGCAGGGACAAAACUGAUGAGCAUUCAUAUUGAGGCAUUACUACCUCCAACAUCGACUGAACUGGAUGUCCAUUCCUCAGUACGAGUUGCGUCUGUGAUGGGGCUCGGGUUAUUGUACGCAGAGUCUGGUCACCGACAUAUGGCCGAGAUUCUCCUGGGAGAGAUCGGCCACCCUCCCGGUCCCGAGAUGGACCAUUGCGUCGACCGAGAGAGUUACGCCCUGGCUUCUGGCCUGGCGCUCGGGUUCAUAAUGCUCGGCAAGGGCACCCACUCCUGUGGGCUGUCAGACCUGCCGAUGGCUGACCAGCUCUAUCAUUACAUGGUUGGUGGCCAUGUCCAGCCAAGCAGCGUCCAGCAGGAACGGUACAAGUUUCCAUGUUACCAGAUACGAGAAGGGAGUUCGGUGAACGUCGAUGUCACCAGUCCAGGGGCAACGUUGGCUCUUGGGCUCAUGUUUUUCAACAGCGGAAACAUGACGGUCGCGGAGCACAUGUCUCCCCCGAACACAAAGUACUCCUUGGAUACCGUGCGACCCGACUUUCUGCUGCUGCGUACGCUCAGCAGGGGGCUCAUUCUCUGGUCCAAGGUGUAUCCGCGGAAGGAGUGGGUCGAGAGCCACCUACCUGCGAUCGUUACACAGUACGCGUUCAGCGAAAAACCCACACAAGACAACGUCGACUACGAGACGAUGGGUCAGGCGUACUGCAACAUCCUCGCUGGGGCUUGCUUCUGUCUCGGGCUCAAGUUUGCAGGUUCAGCCAACAGGGAAGCUUUUGAUACUUUGCAUUACUACACUAAGCUGUUCCUCAAUGUCCAAAAGAAACCGGUUUCAGAACAAGCGGGAAAGAACACCCUAGAAUCUUGUCUCAUGGUAACAGUCCUCAGCCUUGCACUUGUCAUGGCAGGAACGGGCAACCUCGUUGUGCUCCGUAUCUGUCGCUACCUGCGUUCCAGAGUGAGCCAGGCCUUCACGUACGUGCUCUAUGGUUCUCACAUGGCUCUGCACAUGGCUGUUGGACUCUUGUUCCUUGGUGGAGGCAAGCUGACACUGAACACAUCCGCUUUCUCUGUCGCUUCGAUGAUAUGUGCCUUCUUUCCGAGGUUCCCGAUCCACAGCAGUGACAACCGUUACCACCUCCAGGCCUUCAGACAUUUCUACACCUUCGCCGUUGAACCACGUCUGGUUGUUCCCGUCGACAUCAACACGAGGAAUAUGGUGUACGUCAACUUGACCGUAAGGUUCAAAGCAACGGAGCAGUACGAGAGCAGCGAGUACACCGUCACGGCACCUUGCCAUCUGCCCGAGUUGCACCUGCUCGAAUCAGUGAGUCUGAAGGAUACGCGCUACUGGCCGAUAGUGGUCAAAACUGAAAAUUGGGGCGUGUUGAAAAGGGCGCUGGAGCAGAAGGGACAUUUGUACGUGAGGCAGAAGGCCGGAUGCCUCCCGUACGUGCUCGAUCCAAAAGGGUACAAGACUACGUUUGCAAGAAGCGCCAUAAAGGACCUAGUCCGUGGGUGGCUGUUGGGAUCCAGAGUGUCGGAGUCGUUCUCAGAAGACCCGGUGAUAUCCAAAGUGACGGAAUGUUUCUUGCAGCCCCGCGCACAGGGAAAGGAGGAGCUCAGCCUCCAACACUCCUUCUGUAAAAUCCUGAUGGAAUGUACUCUCCGCGAAAAGACGGACAUGCUGUCGACCCUCUUCGACAUGUUUCUCGUCGUGCGAAACGAUUUCACGAAGUGCACUCUAUCGUUGUGGCAAUUCAAACUGGUCUCUGCGUACUACAGCAGAUCGUUGAGGCACGUGGCAGAAUGCAAAGAUCCCUUCAUCUACACCGACUUUAUCUUCUCUCUGGAACACGCUAUCGCGUCAAAGAUAGAGGACGAGGUGCGAGAUACCAGACAUGUCUUGGCUUAUCUGAGAGGCUCUGAAGACGCUUCUUUACCUACGCAUCUCUUUCCCUUCCUCAUUUUACAUGACCUGCCAGCCCCUGGAGUGAUCACUAUUCCAGAAAAUACUGAAAGUUUGUGCCUUCCUGAAAUGUGGCUGCAGAUGUGCUCUGCUGGCAUGACUGCUGAUGUUGCAACGGUUCUCAUGUCAUUGUUGCAAGAGAAGCCAAAUGCUGCUGCUAGUUAGUGUUUACGUGGACUUAUAAUAAAUGUUGGCAACAAUGUGA